AAAUAUCCAUCCGGGAUCUGAAGAGCCACAACUAGCCGAUCCAAGCGUUGCACUCUGCCGCCGCUCACCGCUGCUGUUCUUGAUUCUCGUUUUACGUUCUUCUUCGUGUAUGGAUGCCCUCGGUAACGGAGGUUUCUGGUGGAGUUUCCUGGCGGGUAAUGGGAGCGGUCACCACGGCAAGCGCAGGAGGAAGUACAAGUCUUCUUCAUCCGACUCGAUCAACCUCCGCGAAGAGAAGGGGUGGCCGCUACUCGACUUCCCUGUGAAGCAGGCGGCCAUUGCUGCAUCUCUCGCACUAACUGGCGACACUAUCGCUCAAUUCAGAGACCGAAUUUUCGGUCGAGAUCGAUCUCAACUGCUUGGGGACGAAGAGGAGGCAUCCUUUUGGUCAAAUCAUGAUUGGCUUAGGUCUCUUCGGAUGGCUUCCUAUGGGUUUUUUCUCUAUGGUCCAGGUUCUUAUGUGUGGUACCAAUUCCUUGAUCAAUGCAUGCCAAAACAAACACUCAUUACGCUUUCAACAAAGGUCAUAUUAAACCAGAUUGUGCUCGGCCCAUGCGUUAUUGCUGUUAUUUUUGCAUGGAACAAUUUAUGGUUAGGAAAGUUGUCUGAGCUUCCAGCGAAGUAUCAGAAAGAUGCUAUCCCCACACUCCUCUACGGCUUCAGGUUUUGGAUUCCUGUUACUAUAUUGAACUUUGGGAUAGUGCCUCUCCCUGCUCGUGUGGCUUUCAUGUCCACCUGCUCUAUAUUCUGGAAUUUCUAUUUGUCUUUAACAAUGAGCAGGUGAUGCAGAAUCCCAAAAUGUCGUAUUAGAGCGCUCACUCUGCACGGCAAGUAAAAAGGAAAAGAACUUCUCUAACAGGCCCACUACCUUUUUUUUUCUAAUCAAUGUGUUAGGCAUUCGAGUACUUGAGAUAAAUUUCUGUUCUUAUUCAUUGUUGCCUUAUAUUUGGCAAAAAUUGUUAUGUAUUUUGUAGUUUCAUAUUGUAGGUUUAUUUUACCA